AUAGUGAUCUAUUUUAUUAUAUGCAUAUGUACAUGUUUGAUUAUGGAUAGUACUUUAAUAUCCAGAAAUUGGGAAGAUUUAAGGAAGGAAGCCAGACAUUUAGAAAAUGAACUUGAUAUAAAAUUAGUUUCAUUUAGUAAAUUGGGCAGUAGUAUAAAGUCUAAUCCUAUAAAUUUAAAUUCAAUACCACUGUUGGAUAAAGAGCAUGUUUUUGCAAAUAUGGCUUCAGAAAUAGAAUCAUCGUUAACAAAGUUAAUUUUACUGAAUGAAAAGAUGAAUGAAAUUCAUCCCAAUGGUGCUGCAAUGUUACAUACAAUGCAACGACAUAAAGAAAUUUUAAAGGAUUAUAAAUUUGAAUUUAGUAUAGUUAAAAAUAAUUUUAUAACUCAGAAGAAUCAAGAAAAUCAUUUAAAUAAAUCUUUAAUAGAUAAAAGUUAUAAUAGCGUAAAUGGUCUAAAUCGCAGAGAUAUGUGGUUGAAAGAAAAUCAAUAUAUUCAGGAUUCAGAUACGUUAAUCAAUGACCAAAUUAGUAUUGCAAUGGAUACCAGAGAUCAUUUAAUCUCUCAACGACAUACAUUCAAACGCAUUCAAACAAGAUUUCAUGAUCUUUCAAACGGAUUUCCUGCCAUUAAUACCAUUUUGCAAAGGAUAAACAUACGUAAACGUAGAGAUUCCGUUAUUCUUGGAUGUUUAAUUAUUUGUUUAAUAGUUUUAGUAAUAUUAUAUUCUGUUCGCUAAAUC